CUUUUUGCUGGUUUCAUUCACUGCUCCAUAAUGGGAUUAUCACGAGCCUCCAGUUACCACUACUCUCUCCUUCUGUCUGUGUCUCCGCACAGACAAAACUAGCAUCCACCACUAGUUUAACUAGCUAGCUAGUUCACACUAUCCUUGCACUGUUUUUCUUUUCUUUCUUUCUUUCUUUCUUUCUUUGUUCCUUCCUUUUCUUUCCAAUUUUUAAAUUGUUACAUCUUCUUCAGCCUUAAUUUCAAAACCAAGAGAAAGAAGAUGCAGAUAGCAAGAGCAUCGCCCUGUAAAAAUUCAGAAAAUGAAUCUGAAAACGUUAUGCGUUUCGACAAGUCGCUUCAAGAACUUAGAGACUUGCGUUCACAGCUGCACUAUGCAGCAGAUUACUGUGAAUCAACAUUCUUGAAUGCCAAAGAGAAGAAAAUGGUUGUGGACAGCACAAAAGAAUACGUAUGCAGAGCUGUGGUUGCUGUUGUUGAUCAUCUCGGAUGCGUCUCUGCUAAUCUAAAUCGCAGCAUUUCUAAUACUAAUGAGUUUUCUGAGGCUGAACUUAGGAUUGAUACCCUAAAGCAAAGGCUUCUUUCAUGCGAAAAAUAUGCUCACAAGGUUGCUCUAACCAGAGUAAGAUGGCAUCCGAAUAUGCCAAAAUUUCAUCGCCGCUACUUAUCAAAACCAGCGAUCAUAAGUGUGGGCAAGUCAAAUGAAGAUGUGAAAAAAAUGGAACCCAGUUCUGUAGCUUGUGAAAAUAUAAUAGAUAAACGUGGAUUUGAAGCAGCGGACUUGCCACUUUUCUUGUAUACAUGCACUCAAAAAUCAUCUUUUUCUAGGAAUUCAUCCACUAAAACUAUUGAUAAAGAUGACUCCAGUUCAGCUUUAGUGUUGCCUGUUCGCGACGGCGUUUCAAUACUAUCUAAAGACCUAAAUCCCACUUUUCAUUUUCAGCAAAUUUCUCAGAAGCAUGGACGCUACAGCUUAUUCAGAAAAUCAGUACACAGUAAUGAAAUCUUAUCGCUCAUUCGAAGAAUCAAACGAACAACAUAGAAUUAUUUGAAAAACCCAUGUACAUUUUCUUCUGCUUACCGAGCCAUCUAUUGGACAGUGAUGAUUGUAUCCAGAAACAAGUUGCAGAUUUGUAUGUUGUUGAGUUGAGUACUAGUUCCAAGUGAUAAUUAUGUGAGGUUCACAAACAGCAUUUCUAGUAACACAUUGGGAAUUUUCCUUUCA